AUGAAGUUCUUCGUGUCCGCUUUUAUCCUCGCCGCCACUGCGAUGGCUCUGCCCUCCGGUGAAGGCGCCCCAAGCGGAAGCGACGUCAAGUUUCCCGUUGGUAACAAGAUGACCAUGGAUCAGGCUCAGGCCAAGUGUGGCAAUGAUGCCAAGGUCUCCUGCUGCAACAAGGCUACCUACACUCACGACAUCACCACCGUCAACCAUGGCGUUCUCGCCAGCGUUUUGCAGAAUGCGAUCGGCGGCGGCCCCGGUGGCGACGGCCUUGGUCUCUUCGGCCAAUGCAAUGACAUCAGUGCCAAUGUCCCUGUCCUGAACGUUGUCGGUGGUGGUCUCGACCAGCUGGUUGAGCAAAAGUGCAAGCAGAACAUUGCCUGCUGCCAGAACACCAAAUCCGAGGCUAACGGCGAUCUGGUUGGCGUCGCCAUCCCGUGUGUUGCUCUCGGCUCGCUGAUUUAA